AUGGAAGAAAUUGUCUCUUCUCUUGAUGUCCUGAAUGACGUGACUUGUACGAAUCUCACGGCUGAGAACCAUGUCGAAGAAGAUAAAAUCGUCCUAGCUAUGACGCAGGUACUAGACUGUCUCCAUCACCAGAUUGCGACAUCGCCAUUGCAUACUGAAGAAUCGUAUCGAAUAAGUGAAGAUGACAAUACGUCAAGAGAGUUUUCCAUGCUGAAAGAAUUUUCACAAGCGUUUUUGUGUUGGCACAAGAAGAUGGAGGCGAUAAAUUGGAGACUUUGGAUGCUGUGGAUGGAGUUGGGUUGUACUCUGGACGUUCUACGUUGCUGUGAGGCGAAUGGAGACAAGGAGGAGAGUUUCUCGGUGCUGAUAUUGACGUCGCGUCCUCCACACGAUUUUCCAACGUCAAAAACGCGCUUUAACAAGGAGAAGCAGGUGAUCUAUAGUCGGGAGUUGUGGGAUGCAGUGGUGGCCAAGCCGCUAUAUGAAGCUCCAGCUGGAGUUGUUAGUCGUGCUGCACCGAGGUUGAUUGAAGCUUUUCUUUACUGGACGACCGCUGCGAUGCGUGGAUACGAAGUAGCAUUUAUUUUCAAUGUUGCUACUCCGCUCCGAGAAUACUUUCAUUCGUCUGCUAAAGUGACAGACAGUCCGGUGCUAACGGAUGCUUGGUUAAUAUAUGGGAAUUCUAAGCAGAGUGCUGCUUUGAUCACGAGCAGCGCUGCAAGUGUAGCUGUCACCGCCGUAAUUCUAAGUGCCUUGACUUUCACUUGUCGCCGACAGGAGGUGGCAGAGUAUCUAGAGUCGUUGAGUGCCGCAACCGUGAAUGAGUUAUCACGUAGACCAUAUCCUCAACCAAACAGUCCUAUUGCUGGAGUCGCUAUAGCACUGGGUCUGGCAAACCUUGACGACGCGCGGCUUUCGAGUAAUCCGGCGGCUGAGUUGCGAUCAGAAAAUGCGACGAUUUUGAGCCAAUUUACGCUGCUGCAACUUCUAAGUUUGCCCCUGAUGUCGACCCGCCUGAAACCAUACGAUGGUGCAACGAUUUUGGAAUAUCAAAUGAAAGUUCAUCAAAGGGUGAAGAUUUUGGUUGCUGAUCCAUCGCAUGCCAUUCUGCAAGAGCAAUUGCUUCGGAUGACGGAAUUGUGCAUCGAGGAAAUGAUCGGGUUUUUUAAUACUUCGCUCGAAACGUACAUUGGCCUAAUACAAGCUAUGCAAUCGGUUCUUCCGAGAGACCUUUUCCGUCAUAAAUUAUUACUUCAACUCCAGUCGCCAGGUGCUCCUGUAGUCCAUGAUGAAGAUUUGCUCGUCUCAGCACCUGAUGUCGUGGAGUUUAUCAGGAAAAUAUAUGAAGGUAUCGCGCCGAUGUUGAAAGUGUUAUCAUCCUGUAAUCUCGUCCGGUCAUUCCUCGCACUAUCUCGAGUGGAGUUUGCACGGAAGGCAAGUGUGUCUCCAACUGCGAAUGCAGCGAUGGAAUCAGUGACGCAACAGUUGGAGCAAGCAUUGGAGCAGUCUGCAACGCCAUCAGAUACCAUUUUUGCGCCAGUCUUGUGCUCCGUUACGAUGCAUUCAAUGACUGUGAACAGUGGAAUUCCACCCGAGAUAGACAUCAUUGCUGGAUGCCAGUCGCUGGCUGUGGGGCUCGUCAUUCAGCGCAGAUUGCGUAUCUUGCUAUUUCAGUGUACACCACUACUCAACGAUGCGCUUUCAGUUGCGUUCUCGGUGCUCUACAAUGUUUUUGAGCCAGCCGAUGCCUUUGGCCAUCGUUUUAUCGGGGUUUGUCUUUCACAUUUAUCGCAGUUCGCUCCGCUGCAAACGGUCUUUCCACAUUACUUGCGACUCACACUGGCCGCAUACCCAGCCAACGCUUCCCGUCAGGCUUUGACCAAGGCAUGCGGAGUAAUUUUCGGAUCUCUCUUUUUUUCUGAAGCUCUCAUGAUGCCAGCCAGGUCUGACAAGACGAUGGUGGAGACAACUCGCCAACUAGUGCUGUGGGCGAUUAGAAAAUGUUGUGAGCGCAGCACGGAUAUACUCGUAGAAGAAGAAAAGGAGGUGGCUAUUGCAUUAGUACCAACGGAAAUUGUCAAGGACAGUGCUAAAGAAAUUAGCAAAGAAACUGUCGCUUCAAGGGAGACAGAUGGACUAUAUCUUGCCGGCUUGGUCUUUGAACUGAUGAAGAUGGCACCGAUGAUCAUCCUGGAAGCUGUCUCAAUGGAAGCUGAACGGCUCCUAUAUCAUUGGAAGAAGAACCCUCGUGUACUACGUGAGUUGAAAAGCGCACUGUUUACGCGGAUCUCACAAAAUUGCGAAGCCGAAAAGCGCGCAUGGUUUGCCACUUGGUACAUCUAUGUCGACAAAUUGUACCCAGUCGAGACAUCGUGUUCCCGCAUGGUGCCAUCUCGUUUGUAG